AUGUAUAUAAAUAUAAACGAUCCACGAGAUCCAUGGGCAUGGAGAAAUAAAUGGAAUGGUGAAUCAAGAUAUGGGAAUGAUGAUUUAUGGAUAUGGAUAACAUUAUGUAUUUUAUUAAUUAUUCUUGCUAUAAUAGCUAUUUUACCAUUAUUGAUGUUAAAAUAUUGUCGCGGAAGUUGUCCAUGUGAUUCAUUUUUUAAUUGGUUUGAAAAAUUUUUAAUUACACUCCAUAAUUUAGGAAAAAAAAAUAAAAGUGGUUUUAAAAGAUUUCAAGGAAAUGUUAGAACAUCUAGGCGUAUAUUAAGAAAUUCUAGAAAAUCACCUAGAAAUGUUAAUAUAUAUUAUGUUGGAAGAAAUGAACCAAUCUUAUCAGGAAGAAAAUAUAAAAUGUCAGAAAAAAGAACAUCAAUACCAAAGAUUAAUCUAAGUAAUAUUUCUUAA